AUUCGUCAACCGCAUUCGGAACUGAGGCUGAACUUGCAUUAUCUUGUCUUUUGACACUUCUGACACUAUUUUUUUUUUUACUUUCGACAACGAACUGCUUCCGAGGAAAUCCAUCACGCUAUCAUUAGAAGGUUUCACAUUUAGGGUAUUGGCCCCGACGCUUUGCUUACCAUCACAUUAUUAUACGGAUACCCUCGCGCCACUGGCAAGAUCUGGAGAGAGAGAUCACCUUGACUUUGCAUUUUAGACAGACUUGUUCGUGCAUUACAUACAGACAAAAGUACAGCAUUGCUUUCCAACGCGCACACUCUGAGACUUGCACCACAUUCCGGCACGAGUGUCGCCAUGAACGAGAUCUCCGCACUCCAGGUCGCUGCGCCAUCACCAUUCCCCCAUCUGGCCCCAUCCUCGAGAUCCGGCUCGACCACCAGGCAGCCCCCCGCUCCCACGGAUAUCCCCUUGGCAGAUGCACAGCUUCUUUUGCCAGACUUUCCGCUUCCGCUGCCUAAUGUCGAUAGCUACGACUUUUCGAGAUCUUCAAACGGUUGGAUAGCGGACGAUGACAUUUUGGGUGCGGCAGCCGUUUUGUUCAGCACAAAGCUCUUGGAUCAAGCACAUCGCGAAAAAGCCGCACAGCGUGUAGUGCCUGCGUUGGGCGCUUUUAUACCCGGUCCCGAAUCGCACCUCCCGGCCAUUGCGGCCGAACAGCACUUUAUCGGAGAAUUUAUUCAGCACGACCACGACUCCGACAGUGAAAGUGGAUAUCAAGAUUCUUCCCUCCCAUCGAUUUCCCCACGCUCCUUUACAUCAAGACCAUCGGUCACGCACGAUAACGUCUCGACAGACGAUGAAGACUCGUCCCCGGAAAACUCCGCCAAGGCGCAGAUUGCUACACCUCUGCGGCCUUUUCGCAAGUCCCGCUUGAAGAGAAUGAUGGAGCCAGACUCUGAUGAUGAUGAAGGAGAAGGGAAUGAUUCCGAAAACGAAGGGCAAGAAGACAAAGAACAGAAAACGCAAAGUCAAGAAGAGCAAGAUGAAGAGAGCGAUUUCGCGUCCAAGAGAGUCGUUCGCAAACCACAUGUAAAGAGAACUGCCAACCAUCGCAAGACCAAAACCACACCAUCACCACACAAGAAACUCAAAAAAGAGACAUCAGCCGUUGUUGAAUCACGUCCAAGGUCGGUUGAAAAAGACCGCAAGAGUCCCGUCAGAAACUUGACUCCUAGCCGUGGAGCGCGCAAACCCGCCAAGAGCAAUGGUAGAAGGUGCGGCUAUUGCAAUGCCACACAAACUCCAAUGUGGCGCCAUGGUCCUCCAGGAUAUACAGACCUCUGCAACAAGUGCGGCGUCAAAUGGAUGCGGGGACGGAUUCUCCAAGACCCCACACCCACGUCUCCAGACACUGUCACUCACUAAAUGCAUCUCAUGCGCCGCCGUACAUCACUUUCAAAAAUACACUAUUACAAAAAGACAUUCAAGGAACCAUCCAGCUCGCUUGUAAAUCCUCUACGUAGAAGUUGACAUGGACGAUGGACGAGCAUAGAAGGGCUUCUUGGAAGGGACACUUUAUUACCUGUCUGUUUUUCUUUUCAAACUUUUUUUUUUUUCUUUUUGACCUUCCUGUCUCCUUUUUUUUGUUGGUUAAACCUUUUUUACGGGGUGUGGUCUGGAUUCGGGAUUUGGUGGUGGAAGAAGGGGGGACAAGUUUUGUGGAUCCUCCUUGUGAAAAGUAGUUGUGUUUUGUGCUGUGUUGGGCUUUGCGGGCUCAAAGUAUACAUCAUGUUAUUGGAUGUCUUGCAGGUUGGCUUUUGCUACUUGGGUUGAUGGUGUCAUAUGUCGACCUAGUUUACCAGGACGGGCUACACUGAGCUUCAAAAGCCUCGGCCAGUUCUUUCAGAUCCGAAAACAAGCGUGAUGCACCAUGACUAUUUACUUUACUGCGUGAGGGUUUGCAGCGAUG